UUAUGUAGCUACGGUCACCUCGUUACUUAGCAGGAGUGGAUGUGGAUAAGAAGACGUCGAGCGCGCCUUGGAGAACGCCGGCUGGAAGCCAACCAACCACAAAAAGAGAGAAAAGAAUGGCCACAGCUUUCGCCGACCAAUUCCUCCGUCCAGUCCCCGCCGGCCUCAGGCGGCCUCCCGCCGCCCUGAAGCCCGCCGGAACCUUCCUUCAUCUCCGACGCCCUCCCGCAGGUCCCGUGACAAGGAGUGUGGGUCCGAGGAGGGGUUGCGCUGUGAGGAGCGAGUCGGUGGAGAAGGUGGGCACCGACCUGAAAGACCUGGUGGAGUUCCUCUAUGCCGACCUCCCUCACCUCUUCGACGAGCAGGGCAUCGACCGGACCAUGUACGACGACCGCGUGAGGUUCCGGGACCCCAUCACGCGUCACGACACCAUCGACGGCUAUCUGUUCAACAUCCGGCUCCUGAAUCUGCUCUUCCGCCCCGAUUUCUAUCUGCACCACGUGAGGCAGACAGGACCUAAUGAAAUCACUACAAGAUGGACUAUGGUAAUGAGGUUUACGCUUCUACCAUGGAAACCAGAGUUGGUGUUCACAGGAACAUCAGUCAUGGGCGUCAACCCACUGACUCAAAAAUUUUGCAGCCAUGUGGAUCUUUGGGACUCCAUACAAAACAAUGACUACUUUUCUUUGGAAGGUCUAAUAGAUGUUUUAAAGCAGCUGCGAAUAUACAAGACUCCGGAUUUGGAAACCCCAAAGUACUUGAUACUGAAAAGAACUGCAAAUUAUGAGAUAAGGAAGUAUGAGCCGUUUGUGGUGGUUGAGGCCGAAGGAGAUAAGCUAUCUGGCUCAUCUGGUUUCAACAAUGUUGCCGGGUAUAUAUUCGGUAAGAAUUCCUCGACUGAAAAGAUUCCCAUGACGACCCCUGUUUUCACACAGGCAGUUGAUGACAAAUUAUCAAAAGUUUCCAUCCAGAUCAUUCUACCAAUGGACAAAGAAUUGGGCAAUUUGCCUUCUCCCAGUGCCGAAGCAGUUAAUUUGAGAAAGGUUGAAGGAGGUAUUGCUGCAGUAACAAAAUUUAGUGGAAAACCGAGUGAAGAGAUUGUACUCAGCCAAGAGAGAGAACUUCGGUCUGCAAUACUUAAAGAUGGUCUCAGGCCUCAACAAGGUUGUUUGCUUGCUCGCUACAAUGAUCCUGGCAGUACAAACAGCUUCAUAAUGGUAUGUUGUCUCUUGUUAUUCUCGAUGCAUAUACUCCAAAGGAAAUAUCAAAAGGCACUAAGAACCGACUAAUUUAGUGAACAGAUUUUUCCUAUGUUGUGAGGUUCUUUUAAAAAAGAUUAUUCCAACCUUUUUAAUGAUAGUUGUCUUUUUAUACUCCACUUAUUCUUCACUUUUUUUCAUGUCUAGUGUGCUUCUUUACAGUCCUAUGAGAACAAUAGUAGAACUACAGACCACAAGUUUGUUUCGUUGUGCCGUCCAUUCUGAAGUUUUGUCUUUGGUACCGUAUUGAUCAUGUUUUAUGAUAAACAGUAAAAAUAGCAAUUCUGCUUUAUUGUUGUAUUUUUUUAGCUGCUCUGUCUUCUUACUGUUCCUGAUGCAUGCUUUGUUUUACUGUCAUGUCACUACAAUAUUGUAUCGAAGCGAAAUGAGGUGCUGAUAUGGCUUAAUGACUUCACAUUAGAAUAACCUGCAAGCAUGUUGCAGACAGUUCGGCCGGAGCAGGGAUCAACUGUGUCGUCUUUGUUAAGCUCAUUCCUAAGUGCAACUUUUCGAUCGUUCUUUCAAUAUACAUUGUGUAGAUCAAUGAUUUCUUUAAUCUCCUGUAAUAGCUGUGACGUUCUUACCUGUAUAUUUGCACUCAGUCUGUAAAAAAGAUUGGUGGAUACUGAAAAUUGAUACAUUAAAAUGCAAAGAAUAGACACAAGAAAUUUUCUCUGUUC